CUUCCUCCCCGUUUACGUCAACUUCACCGGCGACGAUGUCCUUCUCAAUGGCCACCUUAGUGAAGGCUGCCGAGAGGCGGUGGCCCUCAGCCUGGCCGCCCUACACGCCCGCCAGCUGUGGGCGGCAAAACUGUACAACAGCUGGGCCAAGUUUCCGCCCAGUGGAACGCUGGUGGGCACGCUGGUCGACUUUGGCGACUACGAUCAGUGUCUAGCAGGAAGAGAUGAUCAAGAGGGCGAAGUGUAUAAGGUGGAAGGUAUCAAUCUAUCAUACUGCCUGGUAGAUGUUGCCCUGCCAAUGCCUCGACCGAUGCCCCAUCAGCACAACUACUUUCACCCGACCAAUGGGCUGCUGCCCGAUCGAUUGGAAGUUGAAAAGUUUAGAGCCACUUUAGGAAAUGCUUCAACGGCACGAACAGCAGAGCAGAUGGCGGUGUACCUGGCUAAUGGAUCAGUGUACCGCCAUCUGGAGCAGAUCUCCUCCGUCUUCUACUAUGAAGACAUUCAGAUUGGCGUCUGCUGGCCGGCAAAUUGUUCUCAGAAAGAUGUUACUGCGGUGAUGGGCAAAGGCGGUCACCAGCACGCCAACUUCCUCAUCUGGUUCUCGCCGCUGCGAAACGUCCGCAAGCUAAUUGACGCGCCCUCCACAGAGGACGACCUCGCCUGCAUCCACGGCAUGCGCGUCCUCACCCUCGUCUGGAUCGUCAUGGGCCACUCCAUCAACUGGAACACCCUCAACUCCUUCCGGCAGACGUUCAUCGUCCGCCAGCGGCUCACCGAGAUGACGCCCCAGCCGCUGUACCGGGGCAUCCUCACCGUGGACACCUUCUUCUUCCUCAGUGGGCUGCUCACCGCCUACGUGACGCUGAAGUACACCGGGGGGCGCUAUGAGCGCUUCAGCUCGGUGAUGUUCAUCACCCUGAGAUACCUUCGCCUGACGCCGCAGCUGGCCAUAUGGAUGCUUUUCACCAUUCUCCUGCCGGCCCUCUUUGAUGGCCCACUUUGGAAGAGGUAUAUUGCCGUGACAGAGCAGUGCUACGACAACUGGUGGGUCAACAUUGCCUACCUCCAGAACUUGGUUGAUGUUGGGCGGAUUGUGAGUUUCAAGAAGUUUGAGGCUUUGAAUGGUUAA